UUGCAGAACGGUAAAGAGCAGAAUCGAGGUAGGAUAAACUUAAUUGGACGUUUACAACUAUCAACCGAACCGAGUCAUCAGGCAGAACAUGAUGAUAUAAUCGCCUUGCGAGUAUUCCGUAUCCAGGAGGCGAUUGUGAAAGUGAUGAAAGUUCGAAAGAAGUGUCAGUCGGCACAACUUCAAACUGAACUCAUCGAAUUGCUCAAGCAUAUGUUUCAACCGUCCAGGAAACUUAUCAAAGAGCAAAUCGAAUGGCUAAUUGAGAACAGAUUCAUUGCACGUGACCCAUCGGAUUUCAAUACGUUCUUAUAUGUGAGCUAA